CCCACAUCCGCAGCUACGUUUUUAUCUGACCAGAAAAGAAGGAAGAGACCUGAUUGAGCAGACUUCAUUUAGUAAACCUAUGUGAGAUGUUAAGAUCUGGGAUUACUUAUCUGGACAAUGGAUUUGGAAGAGGCUUUUCAAGUGGUCGGAGAGUUCGGCCGACACCAGAAAGUGAUGGUGACCGUUUUGACACUGCUCCAGAUCUACAUGGCUUGCCAGUCCAUGCUAAUUGUGCUGGUGGGCGCCGUUCCAGAGUACCACACAGAGCCCGUCACGGACAGCAGCGGAGGUGAUGUAACGCAGUCCGUCACUUUUACGGAUGACGUGAGCUCCAUCGUGACGGAGUGGUAUCUGGUGAACCAGCAGGCCUACAAAGUUAGUCUGGCGGGAUCUCUGUUCUUCACCGGUGUGCUCGUCGGGAACGUGCUCUUUGGGCCGCUCUCCGACAGGAUCGGGAGAAAACCCGUGUUCCUCACAGGCAUGUUUUUCGAGCUCCUCUUUGCCUACAGCAGCGCCCUGGCGCCCAGCUACGAGCUCUUUGCCCUGUCCCGCUUGUUGAUGGGCAUGAUGAAUGGGGGCAUGGCUCUGGUCUGCUUCAUCCUCUCUCAGGAGUAUGUGGGGAAGUCCUACUGGGCCCUGACAGGAACGCUGACUAACAUGACAUUUGCCGUGGGCAUUGCGUUGUUCGCUCUGCUUGGUUACAUUAGGCAGUGGCGUAACCUAGCAACGGCAGUCAACUGUCCCGGCGUGCUGCUCUUCCUGUUCUGCAUCGUCCUGCCCGAGUCGCCACGCUGGCUAUACUCCAGGGGGCGCUCUUCGCAGGCCGAGCGUGUGCUGCAGGCUUUCGCGGUGCGGAAUGUCAAGGGCCGGGUCAAGCUGAAGUUGCGUCGCGUGCUCAGCCUGGCUGGCCCUGACGCGUCCGGCCCGGGGCUCUUCCGGCUGGCCACUCACCCUGUGCUCCGCUGCAGGACUCUGGUCCUCAUGUUCGUCUGGUCUCUUCUGUCUCUUCUCCAUGGCUGUUCCUGUUCACUCUGCACUCCCAGGAACAGCUUGACCUCUUCAGGGAGAUCAAAGCUACUCAGCAAGCCUUGCUGGAGGUGGUGGUGUUUCCCUACAAGCUCAGGUCUUCUACCAGAGGCCUGGGAGCUUGAGAGUCCUGCGUAGUAUCUUAGCUGUUCCCAGGACUGCACUCUUCUGGACAGACAUCUAGGAUGUUGUUCCUGGCAUUUGCUGGAGCCAUUGGGGGUCAUUUGGGAUGAAACCCUCCGUACAUUGUGAGACAUUUCCUUGUUUUGAUGUCAAUGGCUUCUAUCUCCUCCUUUGGCCGCCUUUUUAUUCCAACGGGGUAUCUGAUAAAUGGCAGAGCCUAGGUGUUGAUAGCCUGGAUCUUGGUUCUCCCAUUCAGCUGACUUCUUGGGACUUGCCUAACUCUUUGUAGGUCCCCCAACAUCUGACACAGAACUUGCUGACCCAGACAACAUCCAAGCCGCUGUGAAUCUCUUGAUUAGGCACAACAACAUGCAACUAGAAGGCUUAGAACUACACACAGUGAGACUGCAUAAUAUGCAGACAGAAAAGCGGAUCUUAAAUACACAAGGAGGGGUCAGUAGACUGAGAAUAGGCACAAUCAAUAAGCAGGGUAGUUAUAUCUAGUUGGCAGAGGUUGGCUGGAGGAUCAUAGGAGUUGGAGUCCAUGACAGAAGCAUUACGGGAAAUGGAAGAAUCAGGUGAGACAUAUUUUAUUAUAGUUUGCUGCACAGGCACGUGCAAUCAGCAGAGGAAAAAUGUCAAAAUACAGUGGCAGAGAGCCAUCAAGCAAGGGAAAAAGGAACUGCAUGCACCUGAUCACAUAACCAUUGGGGUUACUAUCUGGUUCUUCAGUGCAUGACAGUUUAUUCUCGAGAGGAAUGUCAACUGUAGGUAUGGUAUUAUCUAUGACAUUGUUACUAUCUUAUUGUAGUCAUACGCAGUGAGAACUGAUCUGUCUUGGUUUAAUGGACAUUUAUAUACACUUAUAUUGUGAUCUUUGUAAUACUCAAGGACGCUUCACAAUCAACACCAUACAAUCCUUUUACAUCUAGACAGCACAUAAUGGUCGUUUUACUCUCACAGCGUACAUAACACAGGAAACCUCUUUACCCCGGUACGGUGCGCACACGCCCACGCACACACACACACACACACACACACACACGAAUCAUCACUACAGC